AUGGCUAGCGUUCAACAAGGCGAGAAGCAGCUUUUUGAGAAGUUCUGGCGAGGAACCUUCAAAGCGGUGGCCACCCCGCGUCCCGAGAGCAUCAUUGUCGCCAGUAUCACGGCCCGCAAGCCUCUGCCAAGGGCAGAGCCCCAGAGCAGUCCUGUGAUCCCAGCUCAGGAUGGCCCCUCAGAAAAGCUGGGUCAGCGUCUGGCCGAUGAGGCCCUGGGUGCCAACAGCUGGCAGAAAGACAAGGCCUGCCGGGAGCUGAGCCCUGCUAGAGCACGCAGUGCCCGUGACAAAGACUUAACGCCACUGCCUUCCUCCAGGGGUAAGAAGAAAAAGAAGAAAUCCACCAGGAAGAAGAGAAGGAGGUCCCCAUCAUAUAGCCCAUCACCUGUCAAGAAAAAGAAGAAGAAAAGUUCCAAGAAGCAUAAGCGACACAGGUCAUUCUCCAAGAAGAGAAGGCACAGCUCCUCUAGCCCCAAAAGCAAAAGAAAGGAAGAGAGGAGGCACAAAAAACAAUCUCGAAGCCGGCCCCGAAAAUCUCACCGCCACCGCCAUCACCGUUGCCACUCACGGUCCCAGAGCUCGGAGUCCCGGUCCUCAAGCUGUGCGAGCAGGCACCGUGGCCAGUCCCCUGAGGAAGGGCGGAAGUCCCGCAGGAGGCACUCCCACUGCUGUUCCAAGACUCUCUGGAAGGCCAGCCCCGAAGCCCAUCCCAGCCAUCUGCCCAACCAGCCCCACCCGAUGCUCAGCCUCCUGUCAGCCAGGGGUGUAAUCACUGGGUCGGGGUCUGCUGCUGACCUCUUUACCAAAACAGCCAGCCCGCUCCCCACCUCCCGAGGACGCUCCCAGGAAUAUGACUCAGGCAAUGACACCUCCUCGCCACCCUCCACGCAAACCAGCUCUGCCGGGUCACGGGAUCAGGAGAAGGGGAGCCCCAGUGGGGGCCUGAGCAAGAGCCGGGAGCUCAACAGUGGCAACACCUCUGAUUCAGGGAACUCCUUCACCACCUCCUCCCCCCAGAACAAGGGGGCAACUUUGGCGAAUCUCUCCCCCACCACCAGGGGCAGAGAGUCAAGAGGAUUCCAGUUGCCAUGUCUGGAAUGUUCCGAGGUGAAGAAGUCCAGUCUGGUCUCAUCCACAGCUCGGAGCUCCCCCAUGAGAGAAUGCUCCCGCAGCUCUUCCUAUGCCAGCACCCGCUCCUCUCGCUCCCCAAACCCCAGGGCCUCCCCCAGGUAUACUCGGAGCCAAUCCACCUCCUCUGGGAAAAGGUCCUACUCUCGUUCUCCCAGCUAUUCCUCCAAGUCAGGCAAGCGGAGUCCGCCAAGUAGAAACUCUCGAUCCCGCCGCAGCCCCAGCUACUCCCGCUACAGUCCCAACAGGGAGCGGGACCCCAAAUACAGUGAGAAAGACUCGCAGCAGCGGGAACGAGCGCGGCGGAGACGUCGGUCCUACUCACCCAUGAGGAAGCGUCGGAGAGACUCCCCCAGCCACCUGGAGGCCCGGAGGAUAACAAGUGCCCGGAAACGCCCCAUCCCCUACUACCGGCCCAGCCCCUCUUCAUCCAGCAGCCUCAGCAGCGCCUCCUCCUGGUACAGCAGCAGCAGCAGCCGCUCCACCAGCCGCAGUUACUCCCGGAGCCGGAGUAGGAGUCGGAGCCGGAGCUGGACCCGGACCCGCAGUAGCAGCAGCUCUGGCUCCCGAAGCCGGAGUCGGAGCCGGAGCUACAGCUCAGCAGACAGCUACUCCAGCACGAGGCGCUAA